AUGCCGCAGAUUGCAUCACUGUCUGCUGCAUGGAGAGGACGAAGGGCAAAGAAGGCCGGAACAGCGAGGUGGCUUCAGGCGCCACAACGGAGGAAACCAGAUGUCAGCUGUUUCCAGACGCAGCCCGGUAAGGUCCGGCUUGUGUUCGAUGCUGCAGCCAAGGUUGGAGGAUCCUCACUCAAUUCGGCGCUGGACAAGGGGCCAAGGCACUACAAGCCCUUGCCAGCUGUGCUCUUCCACUUCAGAGAAGGAGCAGUCGGAGUCUGCCGGGACAUCAAGGAGAUGUUCCACCAAGUGCUGAUCCGACCCGAGGAUCGAUGUUCCCAACGUUUCGAUACGGAGAGCGAAGCUAUUGAGGUAUCUACCCGAGUAAAGGAGAUACACGCGGAGGCUGGAUUCGAGCUAUGCCAGUUCUCAUCCAGCUCACCCAUCGUGGAAGCGGAGUUGGGACCACCUGGACAAGUCAAGAGCGUCGGAUGGGUUUGGACCAUCGAGCUACACGUUUUCGUGGACGCAAGUCAAUCUGCAUUCACGACGGUGGCCUAUUGGAGGGUCACGUACAAGAAUGGCAACGUGCUGGUUAGCUUCGUGUGCGCAAAGACGAAGUGUGCGCCGAUAAGAACGAUGUCCAUCCCACGGCUAGAGCUGCAGGCAGCGGUCCUUGGAACCAGAUUGAUGAACACUGUCAAGGAAGAACACAGUGUGGACAUCAGCGAGACGGUGUUAUGGACGGAUUCAAAAACGGUGCUGAAAUGGAUCGGCAGCACCCACCGCCGGUAUAAGCACUUUGUUGGCAACCAAGUGGCGGAGAUUUUGGAGUCGUCGAAGGUUUCCCAGUGGAGAUGGGUACCUACAGCUGACAACGCAGCGGAUGAUGCGACGCGGUCGCUGAGCAAGGCGGACCUUCGCCCGGAAUCCCGGUGGUUAAGCGGUCCCGAAUUUUUGAGGCAGCCAGCAAGCGGCUGGCCAACGCCUGAGGAGGGAACCGAGCAUGUUCCAGAUGCACCUGAGGAAGAGGAGAUGCCCGGUGAGUUCGCAUUGGUAGCAUCAAUUGAAUUUGUCAUCCUGUUCCAGAGAUUUUCGAGCUUCAGUUGCCUGGUGAGGACCACCGCCUGGGUCCUGAGGUUUGCGCGACGGUGCCGCAAACAGAAAAGCGACCUCGAGGAAUACCGACUCACUGCAACGGAGUGUGAGGCCGCGGAGAACCUGUUAAUCAGGCAGGCCCAAUUGGAGUCGUUUCCCGACGAGAUGAGGUCGGCGGAACGCGGAAAGGACGUCGCCAACUCGAGCGAGAUUCGAAGUCUGGCGCCUUACGUGGACAAAUAUGGAGUUCUGCGGGUUUAUGGCAGAGUCGAUGCCGCGCUGUCCAUGCCGUACAGUGCGAGGAGGCCUGUGAUACUGUCACACAGGCACAGUCUUACGGAGAUGGUAGUAAGACACUACCACGCCCAGAUGAAGCAUCAAAACGUGGAUGCGACGAUUGCUGAAGGAGAGGAUCGCUUGGAAUCUGAAGGAUGGCCAUUCAAGUACACAGGACUAGACUAUUUUGGGCCACUGCUGGUGACUGUUGCUCGUCACAGAGAGAAGCGUUGGGUCGCCUUGUUCACAUGUUUGACGACAAGGGCGAUUCAUCUGGAGCUGGCGCAUGACCUGUCAACGGAUUCCUGCAUAAUAGCGAUCAGGAACUUCGCCUGCCGUAGAGGACCAGUACGUAAACUGCGGAGUGACAACGGCAAGAACUUCGUAGGAGCUGACAGGGAGGCCAGGCGAUUUGGAGACGUGUUCGAGACGGAAAGGAUACAGAGUGAGUUAUCCAGCAGGAGCAUUGAAUGGGUCUUUAAUUUCCCAUCCAACCCGUCUGAGGGCGGAGUAUGGGAGCGGAUGGUGCAGUGCGUCAAGCAAGUGCUGCGCCAUACCCUGAAGGAAGUCGCGCCGAGGGACCAUGUUUUGGAGAGUCUCCUAAUUGAGGCGGAAAACAUAGUCAAUUCGCGUCCGCUCACCCACUUGCCACUGAAUGCGGACCAAGAGGCGCCGUUGACGCCAAACGACCUGCUCAAGGGAGCAGCUAACCUGCCGUAUACGCCCGGAUGGGAUGUGGAGCGGCCCAAGGAGGGUUCUACGCGAAAGCAGUGGAGGAUUGCCCGCAUGCUGCGGGACCGCUCCUGGAGUAGGUGGGUCCUGGAGUGGUGCCUGAGAACGGAGCCCAUCCGCCAGGGCGAUAUGGUCUUCGUCUGCGAUCCAGCCUUCCCCAGACGAGAGUGGCGCAAGGGCAUCGCGGAGGAGGUAUACAGCGGAGCUGAUGGAGUCGUCAGACUCGCCACUGUGCGCGUAAAUGAUAAUGGACUAUCUUGGACAAUGUCGCGGCCCGUCUCUAAACUUGCAGUUUUAGAUUUGAGUGAAGCGGGUCUUCACGGGGUCGGAGAUGUCGACGGUCAAAACAUUGUUAUCGAUAGUUAA